AUGGGAAACCGAAUCAGCUUGAAGCAUGUAAUUCCUGAAGAAAUAAUCGAAGAAAUCUUAUGCAAUCUACCGGUCAAAUCCCUGUUGAGAUUCAAGAGUGUUUCAAAACGAUGGCGUUUUGUCAUCUCGAGCGAAUAUUUCAUCAAAAAGCACCUCAACAAAUCGUGCGCCGAUGGAAGAUACGGGUUCGGGUACGAUGAGUUGUCGGAGGACUACAAGGUUGUCAUCAUUAAAGACGGGCAACAUAGUCAACAACACAAGACACCGACGCGAACACGGAUGUAUAGUUCCAAGACCGAUUCUUGGAAAGAAAUCGAGAAUUUGAAAAAGUGUGUUUUCCAAUACGACGGCAAGUUUGUCAACGGAAGGCUGCAUUGGCUGGUCGGCGAACUUGGUUGUGGUUGGGAUAUUGUUGCUCUUGAUUUGGCGGAGGAGAAAUACGUAAUUAUGGCUCGGCCAGAGUGUUUUUCGGGUCUCCAUUGCUUGUGA